CAUGGCGACCAAUGAGGGCGGCGGCUGGCGGUAGUAGUCAUCGUCUUGUGUAAACUGAGUGCGGGGAUGGUGUGUGAUAGUGUGUGUAGGAGCCCUAUUUGACGGCGGGGGAAUAUGUUUCUUCACGUCAGCGGCCGGCGGAGAUGGUUGAUGGCAAUAUGGAGAUAGUUCACGAGGGAAUGCUCAAGAAGUCACCGCCCCCGAAGAGGCUGUGGAGGGCGAAAUGGCGCAUGCGGUGGUUUGUACUACGAUCUGGGGAAUUACCAGGGCAGUACUUCUUGGAGUACUACACAGACCGCACUCGACGAAAGCUGAAGGGUAAAAUCGAUCUUGACCAGUGUGACCAGGUUGAUGCAGGCAUAACUUUUGCAAAUCGAAAGUCGGAGUACAAGUACAUGUUCGAUAUUAAGACUCCCAAGAGGGUUUAUUACCUAUGUGCAGAGACAGAACAGGAGAUGAAUCGAUGGGUUGACUGUGUAUGCCAUGUGUGCGGUCUCAAGAUCUACACCCAAGAAGACGAGUACCCGUUACCCAUUAACCACAUACCAACAACACCAUCGGCCACACCUCCAGCUCCACUUCAUAGCUUGCCUCUAGACCAUCAAGUCCUAGAUUCUCCUCCCCAGUCACCAUCAUCUCCUAGUUCAUCUACGUCUGGACCAUAUAUUCCCAUUAGUACAUGUUUUACUGGAAAAAGAACCCCAAAUACAAAUUCCUGUUUCCCAUUUAAUGAUAUCCCACUACCAGGGUCCUUAGAAAAUCAUCGCUCAAGUAUACCCAAUGAAAUUGCUCCUCCGGCACCAGUAAUGUACCAUGAUAGUCAACCUCCAUUAACACAGGCACCCCCUGCCCCCACAGUAAAUACGGGAGCCAUACCACGAGAGUCGUAUGACAGCCACAGACAGCUACGGCCAUCUGGAGCGUCUGAAGACGCAUUAAGUGUCCAGUCGCCAUUAGGAACAGAAUGCAGCAGUGUUUUCAGUGGAGAUGACUGGGAUGGUACUCCACUUAAGGUGGAAGCCAAAUUUUUCAGUGAUGGAACAAGACCCAGGGACACAUUUUGUAAAGAUGGGCAGUGGGAUGGCCUGGGAAGUAAGAGUGGGUUGUCGCCAGGGCUGGGUAACGUUGCCACUUUACCAAAUGAUAUUCGCAGUCUUAGUAUAUCAGAUGACGACCAUCAGCAGGUACAAGCAGCUCCACCUAGACCUCCCAAACCACCUCAUCUUGCUGAAAUUCCCCAACAGAUAUAUCAAAACUUGGACACAAUCACAAGAACUUCACUAGUGAGAAAAAACAGUUCGAAUGAGAAAAUUAGAAAUGGAAUAGGGGGUACUUUCUCUGUUCAUGAGGCUAAUACUGGGACAUCUGACCCUGAACCUUCUCCAGCAUCUGGUACUUGCUCCAUACCUCCGUCAACGCCUCGUGAUAUAAAUGAAGACGUUCAUGUUCUGGUUAGAUCACAGCAGUAUUCUGAAUCUGUGAGUCCCCAGGCAGCUGAAAGGACCAUUCAAAGACAUUGCUGCAAUAACUUUGUUCAAACUCCCUCGCAAAGCCAAAUAUUUUCUUAUGAUGUGCGGGUGCAUGAUAUACAUGAUAAACAAGGAGAACUUGACCCUAGGAUAUCACCUGCAAGUCUGUAUUCAAAUAUUCCACAAACAAACAAAAGUCCAAUCUAUCCUCCUGCAGUUGAUCGGGGACUUAAGCCCAAAAAGACUUCUGAUGGAGGGAAUAUGAGCUGCUCCGAGUUAUCUCCGCCACCAUCUGGUGGUCCACAAGAGGUGUUGGGUGCUGUUGGGGGUUCACCAGCUCCACCUUCAUCAGCUCCACCUGUGGUUGAUAGAAAUCUUAAACCAACAAAGAACCCUUCAGAGUCUGUUCCCAAAAAUAUGUUUGUACUAGAUCCAGCCCCAAUUCGCCUUAAAAAGCAUGACCAGCGCAAACGAGGUGCACCCUCUCCAACUCCACCUACACUGCGCAAUGGUCGUAGUGGCAAUGAGAGUGGGGAUGAAGCAGAUCAUACAUCCAACUCUGGAAGUAGACGCAACUCUACAAAUGCAGAUGAACAGAUAUUCUUUCCGUUACAGAAUGCGUGUAGACCACAACAUGAAAUUCAGUACUUGGAUCUGGAUCUUGACCCUGAGGCUGGACAUAGCCCCAAAUCUUUGAAAGGGGCAUCAAGUAAAUGUUCUGUAGGGGCUUCGGCUCCUUCAGUUGUGUACAAGAAAGUUGACUUUGUGAAGACAGAUGCAUUUAACAAGAUGAGAAUAAAUGUAGAAGACACGUACAGGAAAAACCAAUAGUGGAAAGAAAAACUAUACAACGUAGUGGGAUAGUUGUGAUUUACAGACUUGUAAAUAAGCUUGAAGAGUCUAUUGUAAAGGAAACAAGUCAGUGAAGUGUACAGGAUAUUUGUUUGUUUAUAUAUAUAUUGUUUAUACUUAUAUAUAUACAUAUAUAUAAUUAUUAUAAGAAAAUAUUGAGACCCAUAAAUAGCAUACUCUUAAUGAACGUGUGGAUGAUUUAUCCAAAUUUGGAUAAUGUUUUGAUGAAAGUUCAUUUCCAUGAUUGGAUACGUGGGUGAUCUUCGGGUAAACACGCAAACUUUGUAACAUACUCAAGGGCAUACUUGAACUUGUAUGGUACAUCUGUAUCCAAUCAUGGUGUACGAUAACCAACAAAAGCAACACAAAUUUGAAUAUUACAUAAAUAUGUUUGCUUAGGAGAUGGAAGAGCUGAUUUUUCUUGCUUGCAAAUAGAAACUGUUUUUAAAAGUGGGAAGAAACUAAAGGAAGGACUAACAGUGAGGCUUAAGAUGGGCGGUAAUAAAUGUGUAAUAUUUGCAGACGACGAGUCACAAUAACAUGGCUGAAGAUAUGAAGACUGAACCAUACACCAGAAGAUGAGAUGAUGACGAGCCUUUCUCUUUCCAGCCUUUCCUCUCCUCUCUCUUAACCAUCUGGCUCCUAUCCAUUUCCAAGUUGAAUGGGGGAUCUAAUUUCCUCCUUCCUUUUCUUGAUGUUCAUGUUUAUGGCUCUGUGUCCAGGCUCUCUUUCUCUGUCUACCGCAAAUCCAUACAUAGUGGUAUGUACAUUCACUUCUUUUCUUACCAUCCUCCUUCUGUUAAGAACAGUGUUCUCGUCUCUCUCUUCCUCCGUCCUCUACGCAUCAUUGACCCUCAGUUUCUUGAUUCUGAAAUUUCUCUUGCCUUGGUUACCCCUUACAUUUUUAUCAACUGUGCCUAUUCUCAAGUUAAAUCAAAUUUCUUUCAUCCCAAACCUGUUUCCAGCAUUAGUACCACUGUGCUCUGCCUUCCAUUCAUAUCUGAACUCAAAAAUCUAAUUAAUAUCCUUUGUCCUCUUGACAUAGAGCUUGCCCUUCGACAAACUAACACUCUUCGUAGUAAUCUGGUUCACACUGCUGCUCCUGCUUCUAAUGCUGGCGUCUGCUCUGUUUCUUGUUCGUCUUGUCCUCUCCAAUACUUUGGGGGAACUGGCCGUACACUUAAUGACAGACUUGAGGCACACAAAAGAAGUCUCAAGUUUGCAGACACAAACAAUGCUCUCGUCUGUCAUAUUAGGGACUCUAAUCACCCUAUUGAUUUAUCUUCUAAAAUAAACUUUCAUGCCUCUACUCUUCACAGACGCCAUCUUGUUGACUCGGCUCUGAUGCACAACAUGCUCAACAUGAACCUUAGUCCUGGCUUUGUUGCUGUUGACUUCCCUUUCAAAGUACAUACUCAAAUGCUUUAACCUUUCUAACAAACGUGAUCUAACAUAAGCUUACCCCCUCCCCCCUUUAUCUUUUUUUGUAUUUUAUUUUUCCUCAUAUUCUUACAUUUCCACUUACAGUAUACCCAUUAUUACCCCCUUCUUACAUCUGAUUCCUUCUUACAUCUGAUUAUUACACCCAUCCCAUCUGUACCUUUUGCCUUGCUCUUGCCUUCCUCUAGGAAUUUCUCCUCCUCACCUCUCUUGCAUUACUUAAUGCUCGCUUCAAUAGCAAUCGACUUGAUAAUGUUCCAGGACGGAACGAAACGUCAUCUCACCUUCUGGUGUGUGGUUUAGUCUUCAUGUGUAAUAUUUAUCCCAAUAUUUGUUACUAUAUACCUGGUUAAGCAUGCCAAAAACUGUGGUUCUGUUUUUUUUU